AGCGGUGACCGCAGCGGUGAUCGAGCGGGCGGCAUGGAACCCGGCGCGGCGGACAGCUGCUUGCUGGGCUACGUGGGUCCGCCUUCCUUUCCAGGCUUCUGGGUGGAGCGCACCCCUGUGCACGAGGCAGCCCAGCGCGGCGAGACCCGGCAGCUGCAGCAGCUGAUCGAGAGCGGGGCCUGUGUCAACCAGUUCACCAUGGACUCCAUCACGCCCUUGCACGUGGCCAGUCUGCAGGGCCAGGCGCAGUGCGUUCAGCUGCUGCUGGCCGCCGGGGCCCAGGUGGACGCCAGCAACAUCGACGGCAGCACGCCCCUCUGCGAUGCCUGUGCCUCCGGCAGCAUCGAGUGUGUGAAGCUCUUGCUCUCCUACGGGGCCAAGGUCAACCCCCCGCUGUACACGGCAUCCCCGCUGCACGAGGCCUGCAUGAACGGAAGUUCCGAAUGUGUGAGGCUUCUUAUAGACGUCGGGGCCAACCUGGAAGCACACGACUGUCACUUCGGGACCCCUCUUCACGUCGCCUGUGCCCGGGAGCAUCUGGACUGCGUCAAGGUGCUGCUUAACGCAGGGGCCAAUGUGAACGCGGCGAAGCUGCACGAGACAGCCCUGCAUCACGCGGCCAAGGUGAAGAACGUCGACCUCAUCGAGAUGCUCGUCGAGUUCGGAGGCAACAUCUACGCGAGGGACAACCGGGGGAAGAAGCCGUCCGACUACACGGGGAGCAGCAGCGCGCCGGCCAAGUGCCUGGAGUUCUACGAGAAAACUCCUCUGUCCCUGGCGCAGCUGUGCAGGGUGAGCUUGAGGAGAGCCACUGGCGUCCGCGGCCUGGAGAAGAUCAGCAAGUUGAACAUCCCUCCCCGGCUCAUCGAUUACCUUUCCUACAACUGAGCGGCAGGCACGGAAGCCAGGAGCCCGCGGGGGGUGGGGGAAGGGGUCCUGGCCCGGUGAACCCCGCGCUGGGCCACUCCACUGCGUAGACAGAGCAGCGUUCCCCGAGGCGCCGCCGGCUAUCCUGUUUUGUUGUCGCAGAGCUCUGGACACUGUUUCCAAGGCACUGAGAAGGCCCAGCCGGGUCCCGGCCGGCCGGCGCUCUCCGGAGGGGCUCUGCCGGGAGUGCAGGGGAGGCGGGCCGGGGCCCAGGGCGCUGCUGCUGGCUUCCGCAUGCCCGGGGUACCCUGGCGUCGUCUGAUCCAUUCUGCGCCGGGGCGGCCCCGCACAUCCGGAGGGAGAAGCCCGAGCUGCGGAGGUCAGGGUCGGGCCUGACCGUGCGGCCUGGGGCAGCCGCUUUGGUCACCCCCUGCUCUGAUGCUCAUUUCCGGAGCUGCGGCUGGCACUUUCCAAGGCCCAGGAGUACCCGUCACUCAGGGGUUCUACGCCAGUCUUGUUGGGGGCCGGGCUCAGGCGGUUUCUUCCCCGCAACCAGCACAGUGCUUCUUGGGAACUUUGCAGGCCCGACUUUCCCCGAAGUUCACGUGGGGGAUAAAGUAGGUAGAGCACGGAGAGGCUGCGGCCGCCGGUUUCCCCAGUGGGUCGCGCAGGGAGCUGUUCCCGGAGUCGUUUCCAGCGUGGAAACGACCUUAGGGAUGAUGCCUCAUCUGUUCCUGCUGUUGCCGACUGAGUUCUUCCCCUCCGCGGAGUUUCGCUCACUCCUUCGAAGCUCUGAAAUUGGUAGGAGAGGUUGCCAGUGCCCAGCGGGCAUUAACAGCCGCGGAUUCAUGCAUUUUGCAGAUACUUCCGGGACCUGUUUCAGGAGUUGUCAGGGUGCUUGGAACUGUGUGGGCCUCAGGCUCCCUACCCACGGCCGUGCAGGGGUCUGUCCUGGAGCGAUAGAGGCCACGACUUCCGCACAGUGAGGCGGUGGGGGUGAGCUCGUCGGUGCCCUGUUCAGAUUGCAUUUGUCUAAGGUUGUGUAUCCUCAUUGAAAAACCCAAGCCAGGGAGUUAAACUGGAGGCCAUUUGCAUAAUUAGCUCAGGUAGGUCUGGUUUUGAGGGGACGGGGAAGGUGCCGCUACUGUGAGUCAUGGCCAAAGCCUGUGUCCCCAGAAACGCAAACGUCCCCAGGUGCUCCCGGAAAGUGCGCCGAGCAGGAGGAACCCGAUGGCUGUGCUGCCCCCAGAGGGGCCUCUUCCCAGCUCCUCGGUGGGGUCCCCGAUCUGGGGAGGUUCAGGGCUGCCACAGGGAUUUUCUGUCUCCACCGUUUGGGCUGGUGCCACAUGAUGCCUCACUGACCGCGGAGAAUGAACCGCUCCCAUUCUGUUUGAUUGAGUCUGAGAUCCGAGUUGGGGUUCAGUGUUUUUGCACAUCCGAACCAUGACAACGCCAUACCAAGCAUGGGACCUGCCCGUCCAUCUCUGGGACAGACGCUUGUCUGCAGCAGCGAACGCCGACACUUCCUCAAGGGGGCGCCGAGUACAGAAUCUGACCCCACGCCCGCUGCUCAAUAAAAGUGGUUUAAUGAGUCCAUC